UUUCCGGAAAUAGCCGAGAAGGGUUGAGGGGUUUCUCGAGACCGGAUGGAACGUUGAGAGCAACGGUCGGUAGAGCGGAGCCUGGGAGAGCGCGGGGCUGAGGGCGGAGGGCAGACCGGCAGCAACAGCGAAACUGACCGGCAGCAACAGGGAGGCAGGGCUGGUGGCGGCAGCAGCUGUGAAGGGUUUCAGUAAGGUUACCCAAAGUGUUUUGAAACUGGGCAGCUGGGGGCUGUGACCCGGACCGGGUGUGAGGGGUCCAGGAUGUGCAGACCCCCUCUCACCUCUUCAUGGCUCCCUGGACUGUGAUACCGGAGCUGACCCGGACACACACAGGAUCUUGCAAUGGGUUCUUUGGGCAGUAAGCUGAUACGCCAAAAGGCAAUACAGCAUCCAACUGGCUCUUGUGAUUGUAAAAAGAGAAAGAGAAGCUCGGAGUGUCCAUGUGACAGUGAGACCGAUGAUGAGAUCGAAAACCUUCUGAAUACACCACGGAGGAAGAAGCUGAAAAGUACAUCCAAAUAUAUUUAUCAGACACUCUUUCUUAAUGGUGAGAACAGUGAUAUAAAGAUUUGCGCUCUUGAACAAGAAUGGAAUCUGCACAAGAUCUACCUCUGUCAGUCCGGUUACUUCUCCAGCAUGUUCUGCGGCUCCUGGAAAGAGUCUGGUAUGAAUGUAAUCCAGGUGGAGAUUCCUGACCACAAUAUUGAUGCAGAAGCUCUGCAGGUGGCGUUUGGCUCCUUGUACAGAGAUGAAGUCUUGAUAAAACCUAGCCGUGUUGUUGCCAUUCUAGCUGCAGCCUGCAUGUUGCAGUUGGAUGGACUGAUUCAACAGUGUGGGGAAACUAUGAAAGAAACCAUCAGUGUGCAAACUGUUUGUGGAUAUUCAUCUGCAGCCAGCAUCUAUGGAUUAGAUUCAGUGAAAAACAAGUGCCUUGAAUGGCUUCUGAACAACUUGAUGACUCAUCAAAGUGUUGAGCUGUUUAAAGAACUCAGUAUUAAGAUGAUGAAACAGCUGAUCUCUUCCCCGGACCUACUUGUUAUGCAAGUAGAGAUGGAUGUGUAUACAGCUUUAAAAAAGUGGAUGUUCCUGCAAUUGGUGCCUUCUUGGAAUGGGUCGUUAAAACAGCUGCUGACCGAAGCUGAUGCCUGGUUUUCCAAACGUAGGAAUGUGUUGGAAGAGGACAACAUCACGUUCCUGGAAUGUCAGCAAGGCUGCCCCUUUGUGCCAGUUUUCAGACACUUGAGAUUACAAUACAUUAUCAGUGAUCUGGCUUCAGCACGGAUAAUUGAGCGUGAUUCUCUAAUACCUACAGAGUGGUUGUCUUCCAUGUACAAGCAGCAGUGGUUCACCAUGCUCCGUACAGAACAAGAUAAUGAUACAGGGCCUCAGGAGAUCAAUAAAGAUGAAAUUGAAAGCAACAGCAUGAGAUGUGGGAGGAAACUAGCAAAAGAUGGUGAUUAUUGCUGGAGAUGGACUGGCUUUAACUUUGGCUUUGAUUUGCUGGUCACAUACACCAACCGUUAUAUUGUUUUCAAGAGGAACACACUGGUACAGCCUUGCAGUGGGUCUGUCAGUCUGCAACCACAGAGGAAUAUAGCAUUCAGAUUACGCCUUGCCUCUUUUGAUGGCAGUGGAAGAGUUAUUUGCAAUAGGACAAGUGGCUAUCAGAUCCUCAGCUUUGAAAAAGAUCAGGAACAAAUUGUGAUGAAUCUGGACAGCCGCUUGCUUCUUUUCCCACUGUACAUAUGCUGCAACUUCCUGUACACAUCUCCUGAAAAAAAGUUGGAGGCAGAAGGACAGUUGACUAAUCCAGAAAACUGAGGAGUGUCAGGACAGAAGCAAAGGCAGCCAACAUUUGAAGGAAGUUACCCAAAUAUAAUCUUGAACAAUAAAAA